AUGUUCUGUGAUUUAUUGGCUUUAUUUAACGUAUCAACUGUUGUUAAUAAAUAUUUAAUGAAGAACAGACACAAUAUUGAUAAUAUGGAUAAUAUAAACAAUGUGGACAAUGUGGAAAACCAAUCCUCUGCCCUAAAAACAAAUCUGGCAAAUAUGUAUAUAGGACGAGGUGAAAGAAUAUUACUUUUUAAUAUUGUAAAAAACAUCAAUAAAGGAAAAUCAAAAAGUGCCAGUGUAAUAUUAACAUCUGAAGAAACUGGUAUUUUAAAAAGUACCAUUUGGUUCAACAUCAUACAAAUGGAAAAGGAAAAGAAACUAGUGUUGACAAUGAAUAAAAGUAAAGUGUUAUCUAAACGGAGGCGAAAUGAAAUCGCACAGAAAGCAGCCGAAGCUUUUUUAAAAGAUUUAAAGCAUGUUAAUGACCGACCUACAAUUAACCAUGUAGUAAGAAAUUUAACCCCUAGCAGUAAUGGUUCAAGUAGCCCUGAUAUUACUGACCUUGAAUGUAUAAAUAAUACUCCGGGUCACGAAGAACCAUGUCGUGGACGAAAAUUUUGUCACUUUGGAUUAAAAUCAGGUUUAAUGCAUAUUUUAAAUAAAAAUGAUCUCAAUUGUUCAAAAAUUUUUCUUAACUUUAACGUUGAUGGUUUACCAAUUUCGAAAAAUUCUACAAAACAAUUCUGGCCCAUUUUAUGUAGUAUUGUAGAUUUACCUGACUCUCCCUUCCUCGUGAGUUUAUAUGAAGGUUUUGGGAAACCCCAUAAUAUAAAUGAUUUAUUAGAGCCUUUUGUUAUAGAGCUUCUAGAAAUUAUGCAAAGCAAAAUUGAAAUAAACGGCAUUUCAUAUGAAGUGGAAAUAAACUCUUUCAAUGUGACGCACCCGCAAAGGCAGCAGUGGCAGCGACAAGUUGUCAUAACGCUUAUUAUGGCUGCAGUAAAAACAAAUUUAGAACUGAGGACUAAUGACAACUUUAGAAGAUGUUUUCCAAAACAACACAAAGAGCAGAGAUCCAUACUGGAACAGCUUCCCAUUGAUAUGGUGCAAACAUUUCCAAUUGAAAUAAGUAGCCUCAAACAGGAAGUAUCAGAACUAAAAGAAUUGGUGGAGCAGUUAAAAUCGUCUUCUGAUGACGUUGCAAACCUAUUGGCAGCAAUAAAUCAAAGAGAAGGAGUUGAGAGCAACAAUGAUUUAAAGGACAUUUUUGACACUUUGCUGCCAAUUUCGACCAUCGAUGAUUUAAAAUCUUUGGACGAACUUCUUAAAGUUGAAGAGAAUGCCACCUAUUUUACUAAGACAAUAAGAAAAAUAGGUGGAAAAGACUUCAAACAUAUGUUAACCAAUGUAAUAAAAGAAUUAUUUAGAUUAGAAGUUCAGAAAAAAAUUAAUUGGAGUGGACAAAAUUCAAAACAUGCUUUAAAGGACACAGUUACAGCAGUGACAAUAAUAAAUGUUGCUACAACAAGCUACUCUUGUACUAAAACGGAAGUGUUACAUCAUUUUAAAUACCUUUUUCAACAUACGUAUGACCGUGUGAAGUCUCAGGCUACGACAACGCAUACCCAUCGCGCACCUCGCAGCGUGCUUGACACAAAGGAUAUCAGAACGAGAACUGCAGUGGUGCCAGCAAGAGGUAGUAAUUUUAGUAAAAAAGAUUAUUUAAUUAAAAAAUGUAGGUACACGUUGGAACAAAAAGUUCAGAUUUUAAUCUGGCAUUUUGCUGGUAAUUCUGAACGAGAAAUUCAAAGAUUAUUUGCGGGAAUGUUCGAGGCCAGACCAAACAGAGAAACAAUUCGACGAACCGUUAAUAAUUGCUUGUUCGAACAUUUAAUUUAA